AUGUAAAUAUAGUUUUUAAUACAACUUGUUUAGACACUAAAAGAUAAUUUCACCUUGAUUACAUAAAUUAAAACAAAUUAAAUAUUAUAUUAAUUUAGAUAACAAACAAGUAAUUUCAUAAUGUCUAGAUUUAUUGGUGUUUCGUUGUUUUGCUUUUUAGUCUUAGGAGUUAAUUGCUUUAAUAAUAGUACUAAAUUUAACUAAAGACCCAUCGUAGGUAUUUACACUGCUCCUUCUACUUAUUCUAAGUUCCCAGGUCUUAAUUACUCUUACAUUGCAGCAAGCUAUGUAAAAUUUGUAGAAAGCGCAGGUGCUUAAGCCGUUCCAAUUCCAUAUGACGCUACUUUAGAUUACCUUGAUACACUAUUUUCUAAAAUCAAUGGCAUCUUAUUCCCUGGUGGUAGUGUUGAAUUCACAUUUGAUGAUUCUGUAGACAAGAUUUUCUCAAGAAAUGCAAAUUACUUAAUUUAAAAGGCAAAAAAUGCUACAAAUUAAGGAGAUUUCUUUCCAAUUUGGGGAACAUGCUAAGGCUUUGAAUUGAUCCAUUACAUAGAAAGCGGUUUUAAUAAAACUGUCCUUAAAAGUGGAUACAAUGAUACUACUUCACAUACCACAAAUAAUAUAGAUAAGACUUCUAAAUUAUUUGAAAAAAUGCCAACUUUUUUAAAACGCCACAUGGAAAACUUUGAUUAUGCAUAUUAUCACCAUGAUAAAGGAGUUAUUCCUUAGUCUUAUUAAGAAAUUCCAAUUCUUUCUUAAAACUACAAAUAUACUUCUAUUGGUUAUACUGAUUCCCAAAGAUUGUUUAUAGCAACCUUUGAAUCUAUUAACUACCCUAUUUUCGGAACUCAAUUCCAUCCAGAAAAAAAUGCAUUUGAGUGGAAGAUUGAUGCUGCUCGUGAUUUUAAAUCUACUUUAGUCUCAUAAUAUUUUGCUAAUUUCUUUAUUUAGUAAGCUAGAUAAAAUUUCCAUUCAUUUAAUGGCACAAGCGAUGAAAACAAGUACUUGAUUUAUUAAUAUCCCACUUACUCAUUGCCAACCAGUUCUUAUACAGAAAUCUACAUUCUUAAAAACUUUGGAAAUCCAGAAGUAGAUUACACCUAAGCCUAUGUGCCUAAAGCAAAAAAAUCAAAGUCUUUGAUUACUAAAUUAAUACUUGAAAAUAAAUUCGAAGACGAUGAAGGAUUCUGA